GAUAAUGAUUCAUCUUCAUCAUCAAAUAAGAAAAAAACAAAUGCAACGUCAAUUAAACGUAUUAUCAUUUUUACUACAAAAUCCUAUGACAAAAAACUUUUCGUUUACUAGUUAAAACUUCAUAGUAUCGAUAGAAAUAAACCACAAGUCUUUGAUUAUAGACUUCUAUUUACAACUAUUUUACUAAGAUUUUAGUCUAGUUAAAUUAGGUCCGAGUUAUAAACAGUUUUAUAUAUAAGAACUGCUUCAAUAGAAAUCCGUCCAUAACCAUUCUUCUCAGUUCAUUAAUAAGAAUCUGAACCACUUCUCUCCCCAGAGUAGAAACUCCAGGACUCCUGUUUUCUCCAGACAAUUUUACUUUUACAAGCAAAGCUUUUGUAGAUGCUAUUAAAUUAAUCUUUGUCAGAUGCUAUAUGCGUAUGAAAAAUGUUUCUCCCGAUGUUAAACACUCAUGAUUAAAAAUAAUCUCUAGAAAUCAUUUUCAUUUUUCGUCAACAUCUGUCACUAUGUAUUCUAUAAUCACUGCUUUUGUCUGGAAACAAAUAUUUGAACAUCAUUAUAGAUUAACAAACUUAUAUUUCUUCUGCUCUUAGAAGCCUCGAAAGCUUCUAUUGGAACAAGCGAUUUACAAAUAAAUACGAAUCUUAACAUCAAUUUACUCCUCAAUUCGAUAUUGAAACACAUCCAAAAUCGUAGUUUAGAUACUAAUAUAUAUUUUAAAACUUCACUUUACUUUGAUAUUCAAUAGAUACACAAACAUUUGUUUUAGCUAAAAUUUAUUGAUUUACUUCAUAGAAAUAAAAUAAUCUUAAUUUUGAAAGGAAAAUCUACGUAGCUUUGAAAAUUUCUAGUCUUAUUAAGACCUACUUUCUAUAGAUGACAUAUCGAUUCUUUAUAAUAUUGUACCAAAUGUGUUUCUUCUCAAAACACAUAAAUAUAUCAAAAUUCUUAUUAAACACAUAUGAAUUAUUGUUUAUUUUAGUCAGUUCGAAACGGCCUCGUCAUCAUAAAUCAAAAUCAUCUAAAAAUAAUCAAACAAUAAAACGAUCACGUAUUCAUCGUCAUUCUCAAUCGAAUAAUUCAUCAAUUACAUUAAUUCAAUCAUCUAAAAUAAUAAAUUCAAAAGAAGAUUCUUUUUCUGAUUUUUUCGAUAUUGAUACAACAUUUUUCGAUACAUAUGAUCGAUUAUUUUCUGAUACAAUAACAACAUCAGAAAAAUCUUUAUAA